AUUGCAAGUUAAACUCCCGCGCAAGCAACACGCACUUUCACCGGUGUUAUAGCUUCUUCGUGGAAGACAGUGUUCAGUGAUUCAGUGAUAUCAGUUCCGGAACGAGAUAAAGUAUGCAGAACAAGGUGACCGGGUGGGCGCUACUCGCCCUGAUAUGCUCAUCUACAAUUCUCCACACGCUCGCAUAUCCACAACAUGUACCUCUUAUUUCACAGGCGACAAGCAACGUAAGAACACACAGUCCACAAUACUACAGCAACUCAUUACCCGCUCCACAGCCAGAUGUUGCUCAGGAACGCAAGUUUGCUGAAAAACCCAAUGCACUGAAGAAAGUUGCCUUAGACGACCUCGACGAUAUUCAGACAAACUCCAUCUCCGAUGGAGGAUUUUCGUGGACGAAUGUGCUUGGUAUGCUAAUGCAGAUGAUUUUCAAUACUGGCGGCGCUACAGGUCCCAACAAAAGUGACACCUUAGACACCGAAUCCUCUUCAUCGUCCCCAUGGCCCCACUUUAUCUCCAUGGGUCUCAAAAUCCUCACCGCUCUUCUCGGUGGCGGAGCCUCAAGCGAGGGCAUCGACAAAGUAGACAAUGGAUCGCCAAUGCAGAGUGUAUUGGCUGCGGUUCUGUCGACGGUGUUCGGUACAAAAGAUCCCGACCAGGUCGCCUCCAUGGCAAAGCAGGCUGGAGAGUUCAUCAACAUUGUAAUGAACCUGCUCGACGCGCUGAAGACUUCGUUCUCUCAUAGAUCGCUCGCGGCUCGUUCGAUGGGUCGCAAAGAUUCUGUGAGUGAUGCAGCCAUCGCUGGUAUUGUGAUGACAAAGCCAUACGUGAGGUCAUUCGCCACAGACAAUGAUAAAUGUCAUUUGAAGAAUAUGUGCGAGGCUGCCAGCGAGUGCUCUUCUGACAUCGGACCCAAGAGCAUAUUCUGUCCUAUGGCAGCAUACUUCGCAAGUUUCGUUCUGGAGAGGCAAUCCGGAGCUUCCUUUGACCAGUUCAAAGAAGCUGGCCGCAGAGGUCGUUCUGGUGCUGACUGCCGGCAAAUAUAUCUCCAGUGCAAUGAAGUUUAAUAUUAAUCAACACAAAAAACGCCAAAAUAUUACAUCUUGUGCAACAGUAAAAUGGUAGUGAUAACAAACACGAGCAGUUACAUUCCGGAAGUUUGUCUGGAUUUAAAAUUUUUUGCAUAGGAAAAACUAGUGGUUGUUAAAAUAUUUGUAAAACCGAGGUAUAUCAGAAUGGAAAAUAUUCCGAUCGAUAUGAUUAACUGGGUAUAAAUGGCUCCAAACGCCGUGUUUAACUGUGGUAACUUGUUAUGCUCAAAACUGAUCCCAUCGCACUGACUAAGCAUCGUCUAGUAGUGUGUAUUAAUUUAUUUAACUUAUUUAUUUAUUUAUUCUAGAAGUAUUAAGUAGGAAUUGUAAAAUAUUUAAAGAAAAAUGUAUCGAAAAUAAUCAACUCCGUCCUUUAGACAUUAUACUUCAGUAUUUUUUAUCAUUGGCAUAUCGUUCAAUGCACGAUCAACAAUUCCGCUAAUUUCUCGGUAAUUUACGACUGAUGUAAAAAGUAAUUUUUGUGGUAUAAUUAUAUAUUAUAUCACAUAAUAUUAGUUAGUAUUUAAUUAAGUGUGCGACUGUGUGGUUGAGGACGUCCUUGCGUGAUUGUGAUUCUAAAUUAAUAAAAAAUAAAGUACUUA